CGGGCACGCGUCUCAUUCAAAAAUAUUUCAACUUUGUUCCGCCCCAGACAUGUCCUUUGUUUCAAUAUUUAAAGGAAUUUAUUAAUUGUAUUUUAUUAAAUACGAAAACAGCAGCAGAAAAUAAAAUAGUUCGUCCUACUUGAAAGUUUAUUGCGAAGUUCUGAAUUUCAGAGUUCGAUGAACGCGUUCCCAAACAGACAAAAACUACGCGGUCUUCUAAAUAUGUUAUUAUGACUAAUAACUAACCCAGUAAGAGGAUUGAACUCUCCCUUAUUUCCUGUGUGGUGUUUCAGUAGUGUUGUGAAAGUUUCUGAUGAACUUGCCGGUGUUUUGUGCGUCUUCCGUGAAGUUACAGUGAGACAAUGGGACCGACGAUAGUGCGCGUGGCGCCUGGCGGUGGUGCUGGUGAGAAGGGCAUCAAAUGCUGCUGCUGCCGAUGUUGCGGAUGCCUCAACCUUGGAUACUUGACCUCCCAUCAUGGAAUUAUAAAGCUAGCUGAAGCUAUGUUAGGUGGUUUAUGCCAGAGUCUGCUGGUGAAGUAUGGCAUGGGUGAGGCCAGCAUGGGCCCUGCCUUCCACGGGUUCCUCACGACGGCCUCCGCCUGCGUCCUCACUACUGCUCUCCUCAUUUCCUGCUACGUGCUCUCUUCACACUCACAGCAGCUCAUCCGACAGUCCAUCUUCGAAUGCCUGUUCAACGCGGUGUCUUGUUUCCUGUACUUGUCGGCGUCCUCCUACAUGGGCGUAGUGGUGAACGUGUACCCGCAGUACGCGCUCGUCACCAUAAACGCCGCGUACCCGGCCAUGACUGCCGUCUAUUAUAUCGGCAUUGUGGUCGGCAUACUUCAUGGAGUGGACGCAUACCUAUCCUACAAGUAUCACAAGGGAUAUCGAUAAACGAACGACUACCUAUGUAUUACAGUUACUUUGAAAUAAGUAUUAUAACAUAAUAACCUUUAAUACUAAUAUUAUACAUUAUGUUUUGAGUUUCCAAAACUCUGAAUUGUUACGUUACAAACUUGGAUUCGAAUCUAUAGACAUAAACCUUCAGGUAUCUUCCUUUUAGUUUUUCUUCAAUGUUUGAUUGAAAAUAUUUAACCGCAGAAAGUCUUAGUGCUAAUUUGAAUUUCCCAAAUUAGGCUAAAUGGUACAAUUUUGGUUUUAUUAUUUAUUAAAAAGGUACAGCUUAAAACUUAUAAGCUAGUGUGCAGUCCAACAAAACUAUAUAUCUAGUUUGUCUGUCGGAUCAAUAAAGUAACUCACUCACCAAAGUCACUCUGUUGCAUCGUUCAUGAUUACCUAAGACUCAGUUGACAAGAAUGCUUAAGAGCUUAAGAUAGGUUUAGGUGACUCGCACUAACGCACGUACUUUCAAGGACGAUAUCUAACGUGUCCAGAGAGAGCCAUGCGUUCUUGAAUAUGCCCGGGGAAGAACAUUACGAAUUAUGAUUACACCUAGCAUUCAUGAUAAAACCACUUUUAUCUUUAUUGCCUUUAGGUACAGUUUUGAAGGACGGCAGCUGGAUUAAUUAGUGCCGUGUCAGGAUUUAAAACGUCUUAAACGGUACUCCACUAUCUUGACAUAAUUGCAAUAAAUUUUAAUGUUAUUUGCACACAACGCAUUUUAUUGUUCGUCAUAAUGACAAAAAAAUAUGUCUUUCUAUUAAAUUGAGUAACACUUCAUUCCAAACAACGUUUAGGAAUAACUUUUCUAUGUAUACUUACUAAUAAGUACUUAUUAAACUUAACAUAAGUUAAGCAUAUUAAGUAAAUAACUAUUGUAUUUAUAUUACGAAAUAAAGCAUUUAUUUUCUUACUUCAA